CUCGACUCUCGACUUUAUUGUACAUACGGUACCUAAUUUGUUUGUUAUAAAGUGAUUUUAAAAGAUAUAUCAGAUAUUAUUAAAUAGAUGAGUAAGUCAAAAGUAUCAGCAGAAUGGAAAAAGCGUGUGAAGUCCGAAUAUAUGCGCCUUCGCCAAGUGAAGAGAUUCAAGCGCGCCGACGCGGUGAAGGUGGCAUGGGCACAGAAUAUGCGGCUUAUGUCGGAGGCAGUUGAGACCCACGAGGAGUGCUCUGAUCGCGGCCGGCCGUUCUGGCCCCCACCGGCACCCUCCUCCAACCAUGAGAGUCUCAUGAAACGAGCUGAGGUCACCUACACAGAUGCAUCUGGUGUGGUGACGACUCAGCAGGUACCGAUCCGCAUCAUCAACUCAGUGAACCCCAUCCCUACAAUGUACACCUGGGCGCCGACUCAGAAGAACUUCAUGGUGGAAGACGAGACCGUCCUCCACAACAUCCCUUACAUGGGAGAUGAAGUCCUCGACCAGGACGGCACAUUUAUCGAGGAGCUCAUUAAGAAUUAUGAUGGAAAAGUUCAUGGCGACAAGGAGGGUGGCUUCAUAGAUGACCAGCUAUUUGUGGAGCUGGUGCAUGCACUCAUGACAUACCAGACCAAGGACGAGGUCGCUGAUGAGAGGAAAGACAGAGACGCACCACAUUCCAAAGAAGAAAAGGAGAAGGAAACUCCUAAAGAGGCAAAAGACAAAGAGGACACUAAAGAGACGGAGAAGAAAGUGAGCGACAAGCAGUUCCCGAUCUUCACGAUAUUCCAGGCAAUCAGCUCACAGUUCCCGGAUAAGGGCACAGCGCAGGAGCUAAGAGAGAAAUACGUGGAGCUGACAUCGGUGCGUGACCCGGACGCUCUGCCUCCGGAGUGCACACCCAACAUCGACGGCCCACUAGCGGAGUCCGUCGGCCGGGAGCAGACCAUGCACUCCUUCCACACGCUGUUCUGCCGACGCUGCUUCAAAUACGACUGCUUUUUGCACCGAUGUCAAGCCACAGGUCUGCAGGCGUGUCACCCGCGGCCCAACCUGUCCAAGCGCAAGGGGCCUGAUCUCAAGCCGUUCACGGAGCCUUGCGGACCCAACUGCUAUAUGUUGCUGGACGGUAUGCGCGAGAAGCUGGCUCGCGAGCAGGCGGACGGCGGCACGGGGGGUGCGGGGAGCGCGGGGGCGGCGGGCGGCGCGGGGGACAAGGGCAAGGCGGUAGACUCGCCCAACGACGCCUCCUCCGAGGACAGCAACGACAGCAAUAGGUUCCAGAAAGGCAGCAGCAGCAACGGCGGCGGCGCGUGGAGCAGCGCGGCCGGCGCCAAGCCCGACACCACCGCCGAGCCCGACACCACCGCCGAGCCCGCCUACAACGCGCUCGGUCUAACGCUGUCUGACCUGGAGUCGGAGUGGACGGGCUCCGACCAGUCGCUGUUCCGCGCGCUGCACAAGCUGUUCCCCGCCAACUACUGCGCGCUCGCACAGCUCAUGCUGUCCAAGACUUGCCAACAGGUGUAUACAUACUGGAUCAAGACCGGCCAAGAGCAGUGCCGCGUGGAGGCCGAGUUGACUCCGCCGCGCAAGAAGAAGAAGAAGCACCGCCUCUGGUCCGUCCACUGCCGCAAGAUACAGCUCAAGAAGGACUGCGCCUCGCAUCAUGUCUACAACUACACGCCGUGCGACCACCCCAACCAGCCGUGCGACAGCAUGUGUCCGUGCCUCCAGUCACAGAACUUCUGCGAAAAGUUCUGUCAGUGCAGCAGCGACUGCCAAAACCGCUUCCCCGGCUGCCGCUGCAAGGCUCAGUGCAACACCAAGCAGUGUCCGUGCUACCUCGGCGUGCGCGAGUGCGACCCCGACCUGUGCACCGCGUGCGGCGCCGACGCGCCCGCGCCACACCCCGUGUACUGCCGCAACGUGUCCGUGCAGCGUGGUCUCCACAAGCACCUGCUACUGGCUCCCAGCGACGUGGCCGGCUGGGGCAUCUUCCUGAAGGAGGCGGCGCACAAGAACGAGUUCAUAUCGGAGUACUGCGGCGAGAUCAUAUCCCAGGACGAGGCCGACCGCCGCGGCAAGGUCUACGACAAGUACAUGUGCUCCUUCCUGUUUAAUCUCAACAAUGAUUUCGUCGUUGAUGCGACGCGCAAGGGCAACAAGAUCCGUUUCGCGAACCACUCUAUCAAUCCCAACUGCUACGCCAAGGUGAUGAUGGUGAACGGUGACCACCGCAUCGGCAUCUUCGCCAAGCGCGCCAUACAGCCUGGGGAGGAGCUGUUCUUUGACUACAGAUAUGGACCAACAGAACAGUUGAAGUUUGUGGGAAUUGAAAGAGAAAUGGAGUUCUUAUGAGAACAACCUUAGUUUGUUGACUAGUGGAUGCUGCAUAAUUACUAGAAUCAUUCUCAAUUAGUAAUAUACUAUGUAUUAUGAUGAUAUAAUAAAACGAAAUAAAAUA